GCGUGAGGUGUGCGAGUUUUGUUUAGAAGUUUUAAAACUUCUUCGCCGAUGCUUCUUCGAAUGUUGUAACUAAAAAUCGUCGCGUAAGGUACUGAAAUGUGUUGUUUUCAUUUGUGUUUGUGAAAUCCCAGUGCUUUCUGCUAGAAUUUAAAGUAGCAUGUCGGGCGUUAGCCUGGCGGGGACGGCUAUCGGCGUCGGCGGCGCCGCCACCACGGGAGCGGUGGAGCUCUGCGACAGCGGCGGCCGCUCCCUGAAGCUCCAGACGGACGCGCCGCACCUGGUGAGCAUGGGCGGCGACAGGCUAAGCACUUCCGUCACUCUUCAUCCCAUUCCACAAGGACGAAUAACACUAGGAAGUAGCCCCGGAGUCGACAUCCGCGUCCAGGGUACGGGCGUCCUCCCUGUGCACUGCCAUAUCGAAAACAGCGAGGGCACUGUGACCAUUUACCCCCUGUCGGACAACAUCUCCAUAGACGGGCAGAGGGUGAUUGGACCCACGCGUUUGUCGCAAGGUGUUAUGCUCACCAUCGGCAGAUCGAACUACCUGAGGUUCAACCACCCCGCCGAAGCCAAAUUAAUGAAAUCCGUGCUGCCCAAUCCCAGGAUCUCCAUGGCCCCGAUCCACUUCGAACCAGCCGAAUCCUCCUUCCAGACCAAAUUCAACAAGAAACCCCCCGUUGCGCCACGCAGGAGCCCCAGGGAAUCCCUGUCGGACAGCGGCAGCGAGGACCCUCCCUCCAGCAUCAUGACCAAGGUGUCCAAGUUCGAGUACCUCGCGGCGCAGAACUUCAAGAAGUCCAUCUCGCCGAAAGUGUUCCCCUCGAACGUGGUGACGGUGAACAUGCCGGUGAAGGACGUGCUCGGCAAGGACCUGCACAGCCUCUCCAAGAACCUCCCCCAGAGCGCUCUUAACUACGCCGAGCUCAACUCGAACGACAAGCAUCAGGUGAAGAUCCCCGAGAGGCAGAUCUUCGCGAAGAAGGCCCUCCACCAUAGCCAGUACGUUAACGUGACGGUGAACGAGACGAAGAACAUCAACAACCGGGUCAUCAUCUUCGAGAACGCCGCCGUUCCCAAGCAGAACGUCAACUUUGACCAUAACGAGCUGAACAACAAGAGCUCGGGCAGUUGCAAGAACGUCAACGUCAGCAGGGUGAACACCCCCUCGCCUAGUUUCAACAGGAACCCCGGCGGGUUCUUCAGGAGCGUCACACCGAGUCCGGUGUCCAACGUGGUGAAGGCGGAUCACAGGAGGAGCGGGUCGUUGGGAGAACUGACGAACGCCAGUUUCGGCGACGGGUACGACGAUCUGGCGCACAGGAAGUACGAGGCGGAACUGCGCAGGAAUCAGGCACAGCAGGACCGGAUAAAAGAACAGGAAAUCGAAAAGGCCGAACAACAACGGCUCGAGGAGAUCCUCAACAUGUGCGCCGAGUACGAGAAACAGUCCCAGUACGAAAAGAACAAACCCAUAACACCUAACAGGAUAAAGACCAACGGUUCGCUACCUAGGGACAAGAGGGGCCCGUUCGGUCCCCCCUCCCCGAGCUACAGCACCCCGCCCCCUUCGCCUCUAGACGUUCUCCACAAUGAACUCCUGAAGCAGAACAACCACCACCACAACUACGAGAACGUGAACAUAUCGUACGGCUCUAGAGAGGUGAGGAACUUCCAUUACGAAAACGUCGAGGUGGCUCCGCACGAGCAUAUCAACGGGGAGUACCGCAGUUCCGAGCGGAACAGCCCCUACGAGAACGUUUACAUCCAACACGUCCCCCCGGGAGCUUUUCCGUCCUCGCCGAGAACUAGAAUCAAGACUUUCGUAACCUCAAAUAAGGAUAACGCUACCAAAGAGACGACAGAACUGAUAGAAAACAAAUUCGCCAUACUGGAAGCGGAGCAGAUCCUGCUACGCGAAGCGGAGCAGGUCCUGAGGCAGAACCUGCACAAUUCCAAGGAAUUCCCCCCCGACGGCGACAUCUUCGACGUUCCCGCCAAGGCCAGCCCCGGCAAGUUCAUCCUUCCCCUGGACGAUUCCGACGACCUCGCCAAGAACAGCCCGUCCCCGAUAGAGAACAGUAGGGCGGACAGCGGGUCCUACUGCAUGAACGACAGUUACAGCGGCUCCAGGGAGUUCGGCAAACGGCACAGCGGACAGAACGAGGAGGACAGGCGGAGGCUGGAACAGCUCAGGAAGGAGAAGAAGGACAUACUGGCCGUCAUUUCCAGGAUCAAGCGGCAGAUGGCGGAAAUCGAGAUACAGGAGGAGGAACUCCAGAGAGAAAUGGAACUGGAGAGGGCGCUGAUAUCCGGCGAGCACAAAUCGAAGCUCCUAGACCUGGAGAAGAUCGAGACGAGGAAGCAGAAGCUGCAGAAACGCGCCCAACGUAUAGAGGAGAGCAUGCGGGACUGUCAGAUGAAGCAGGAGGAGGACCAGAGAGAGUGCAAGAAGAAGCUGAGGUCGGCCCAGGAGAACAUGUCCAAGAUCGAGGAGAAGAUCUCGAAAACGGAGAAAUCGUCGCCGGAAUACGAGCAGGUGUUCGAGGAAUACCUCCAGGCACAGGAGCAGCUGGACAACGAACGGAAGGCGUUCGAGGACCUGGAAUUCCACCACUUAGAGGAGGAGGCGGACUGGCUGGCGAGCCGCGAGGAACUCCAAAGGGAGAUACUGGACCUGAGCAAACGCAUCGACAUGCUCAAGGCGCAGAUACAGGACCUGGAGCAGCAGAAGGCGGACACCUCCCAGACCAACACGAACGAGUUCAAGACCAUAGAGAGGCAGAAGAUGGAGUGCAUGGUGCGGCUGGAGGAGAUACGGAACAGGCUGAAGUGUAUAGACGGUGAAUUGUUGAUGUUCUCCAAUGAGGAGUCGGAGCAGGAGGUGUCCAGCGACAGCGAGAGCGACAAGUCCAAGGAGCUUGAGAAGCAGCUGUCGAACGUGUCGAUUAACAAGAUGACGGACCUGACCUGUUCGGUCAUAGUGAGCAACCUGAAAAUUCCCACGGAUCACGUGUACAACAUGUCGCAGUCCUUCAACGAGAAGCUGCUGCAGGAGAAGUCCAUCCUGGAGGUGGGGAUGGGUAAGAAAUUCCCCAGCCAGGACGACAUCGACAGGAUCAGCAAGGUGACCUCCAGCGCCCCCAUCAGCAUAAACGAGGGACAGGGAUCCCUGGGUAGGAAGACCAUCGAGUCCCUGAAGGAGAUCGAAAGGAAGAGACACCUGCACCUCUGCCAGCAAGGUUCUCAAGUGAUCGAGCAGGAGAGACAGCGAGUCCAGGCGUUGAAGGAGCGCGUGCAGCAGGAGGUCAAGAGCAAGUGGGCGCAGAGGUUGCAGGACUGCAGUUCCCUGAACUCUUCCGGUUCUGAGGAUCUACGUAACAGCGGAUUCGAGGAAGAUCAAAAGGACGAUUCAAAGCAAACUGUGGACGACCAAGAUCUGAAGGAAACGAGCCAUGGGGAAUCAGAGACCGCCGAAUCGCCUAGGCCCCUGUCCGAGACGAGCGAAAUGAGCCUUGAGGUGGGCACCUUGAACAGGAAGCGGAAGAGUCCCAGCGACAAGCAGAGGCCCCUCACCAGAUACCUGCCCAUAAGGGGGUCGGACCUGGACCUUCGCCAGCACAUAGAAUCGGCCGGCCACCAGGUGGUGCUGUGCCCGCACGUUUUAAUAAAUUCGAGCACGUGCCGGGGGUUCCUUCACAAGAAGGGUUCGAAGCUGAACGGGUGGUCCAGGAGGUGGUUCGUAUUCGACAGGAACAAGCACACUCUGACCUAUUACUCGGACAAAAGCGAAAAGAAGCCCAGAGGGGGGGCGUAUUUCCAGGCCAUCGAGGAGGUCUACUUGGACCACCUGAACAGCGUGAAGUCGCCCAACCCCCAACUGACGUUCAUCGUUAAGACGCACGAACGUCUCUAUUACUUGAUGGCGCCGUCCCCGGAGGCCAUGAGGAUAUGGGUGGACGUCAUCUUUACCGGCGCCGAGGGAUAUCGGGAGUUCGAGCAUGGCACCUGAUGGUAAAUUGCCAGCCCGUUCCGCGUCGGUUCACCGAAUUUACAUAUUGUUACGUAUGUAACGGAGUUUAUUGUUCGUAAUGGAUAAACAGAUCUAAUUAGCUGGAUAUAUUUUUAUAAUAUAGCGAUUAGGAGGUAGUUUUUAUAUUACUUUUGUACAUAAACUUGGGGGUUCAAUAAUGUAACGUGAUAAAGGACUAUUUUUGUACGUCUAAAUCGAAUGGCCGUUUGCGAUGUUGUGCGGUGCCUUUUGCGAGAGUCGCAAGUGCGGUGGCAGGUUUGUCGUCAUUUCUUUUUAAUGUGUUUUAUGUUUUAAGACUGUGCACAACCAAUAUUUCUUGUAAUUCUUAUGUUUAAUGAAUAUUAAAAAUACGUUUGAAA